AUGGCUAGGCAUGUUUUCAACCGUAUUCGAGAGGGGGUGGUCGGAUACGAUAAGUAUUUCGAGUGCAAGGAGGAUGUCUUUGGAAAGAUUGACUUCACAUCUUAUCAGAAAUGCACUGCAGCUAUCCGGAUGCUUGCAUACGAAGUGUCUAGUGAUCUCAUUGAUGAGGACGUCCGUAUGAGCGAGUCUACAUGCCUAGAGUCCAUGUACAGGAUCUGCAAGGCUGUGAUUGCAGUGUUUGGCCCUGAGUACUCGAGAGAGCCGAUUGUUGAAGAUACAACCCGCUUGUUGGCGAUCAAUGCCAGCAGUGGCUUCCCAUGGAUGCUUGGCAGCAUAGACUACAUACACUGGGAGUGGAAGAACUGCCCUUUUGUUUGGCAAGAGCGGUACAUGGAUCAUGUUAGGGCUUGCACUGUCAUACUUGAGGUCGUGGCCUCACAAGAUCUCUGGAUCUGGCACUCUUUCUUUGGUAUGACCGGAUCGCACAAUGAUAUCAACAUGCUUCAACGCUCGCCGGUGUUUGUAAGGCUUGCCGAAGGCAACAGCCCGCCGGUGAAUGUUAACAUCAACGGUCACAACUACAACAAAGGAUACUACCUAGCUGACGAUAUCUAUCAUCAGUGGACCACUAUUAUGCAGACAAUCCCCAACCCUGUCGGAGAGAAGAGUAAAAGAUUUUCCCAAGAGCAAGAGGGUACUAGGAAGGAUGUUGAGCGUGCCUUUGGUGUUCUGCAAUCUCGAUGGGGCAUCGUUCGGUAUCCUGCUAGAACUUGGAGCACCAAGAAGUUAUGGGAGGUGAUGACUGCUUGUGUGACCAUGCACAAUAUGAUCGUAGGGGAUGAGCGCCCGGAACAUAUCUACGAUCAAGGGUUUCAGUUCUAG